AGAUGAUGCGUAUAGCUGAACGUCACAUGACUCGGUCACGUGGUGCUUCAUUCACUGUAUUUUCCAUGAAAAUGGGAAUACCAGGGACGCCCACGUUCGUCGUAUUUGGAUAAAUUGGGGGAGAAUUUGUUCGGAGAGUAUUCAGUAUCCAUCGCCGUACACGUGAAGAGGUUUAGCAGAAAUAACAGACAACAUGGACAUCAUAGCAAAGGACGCAACGAAUACUGUGUUGAAACUGACUCGCUAUGCAAAGAUUGGGCUCAGCAACACCAGGAAGUACUCAAGCAAAGCAGGGGAGAAAUUGACAACACCAGGGAGACGAUAUGCACAUCAGAACAUUGCUGUUGCAGAAGCCAAUCUUCCUGCAACUAGCGUCACCACUUGGAUCUCCCACCUCGCUGCGGACACCACGCGGGCCGACCUUUCUGACACUGUCGUCCACCGUUCUCAACGUAUGAUGCUUGACACCCUUGGGGUGGGGAUUCUUGGCUUCAAGACCGACAUCACCCAGACUGUCCUGAGAUGUGCGCUCAACACAGGAGCCAUGGAUGGAGCAGGCUCCUCUGCAUCUACCAUCUGGGGCUCCAAAGGACAGAAGGCCUCUCCAGCUAUGGCAGCUUUUCUCAACGGCAUCAACGUUCACUCUAUGGACUUUGACGACACCUGGUACCCAGCCACGCACCCUAGCGGUCCGGUUCUGCCAUCAAUUAUCGCCCUUGCUGAGACGAUGACAGGAAGUUAUCAACCAACCACAGAAGAUCUUCUUGUGGCAUACAACGUUGGCAUAGAGGUACAGGGUCUCUUGCUCAGAUGCUCCGAGAUCGCAAAGGAGAUCCCUUGCAGGUUUCACCCUCCUGCUGUUGUUGGGGUGAUGGGCAGUGCCGCGGCCUCAGCUCGCCUCUUGGGUUUGGGCCCACACAAAUCUCGCCACGCUCUCGCCAUCGCCGCAUCAUUUGCAGGUGCACCUAUGGCCAACGCCGGAACAACCACGAAACCAUUGCAUGCCGGGAAGGCCGCCCGUUUCGGCCUGGAGGCAGCCCUGUUGGCGGACCAUGGAUUGGAAGGCAAUCACGACAUCCUUGACGUACCUUCUGGUUACGGGGCUUUCUAUGAUGACUACGACCCUGAGGAGUUCCUGUUUGCCCAUUCCAACAACGAAGACUUUGUCCUCCACAAUCAAGACAUCGCCAUCAAGAGAUUCCCCGCGCAUCUGGGAAUGCACUGGGCAAUUGACGCCACAAUGGGAGCCAGGGAUCAGAUCUGCCAGACCGCGAGAAGAAUAGUUCCAGAAGAAGUGUCCGAGGUCCACAUCAUGGCCCCAAAGUCUAAAUACAUCAACAGGCCACUUCCAUCAACCGAGCAUGAAGCCCGCCAUUCCUUCCAGUUCAACGUGUGCACGGCUUUGUUAGAUGGUCACGUGUCACCCGAUUCCUUCACCCAUAGUUACAGACGCCGCUCUCCUCUCAACCAGCUGUUGUCAAAAACACGCGUCAGUUGCCCCGAGGACAACAUCCCCACCUUCAACGACAUGUACGUGGAGGUCCAUGUGACAAUGAGAGACGGGACUCUUGCCAAAAGUCGCUGUGACACCCCCUACGGACAUUGGAGGAACCCUCUGACUGAGAAGGAUCUUGAGGGAAAGUUCCUAGCCAACACGAAAGACAUGUCGUACCAGUCUCAGAUCCAACUCAUCAACACCAUCAAGAACAUGUCUGCAGGGAAACCAGCGACAGAGUUCCUGGAAGCUCUCAGAGACUAAUGCUAUGAAGACGUUGGGAACUUACAAGGCAAUAACGUUCAUUUAUUGAACAAAAGUAAAUUAACCACACGAAAGGUUAAUCAACGAAUAAAGUUUCACGAACGAAUUUCAGAAACCAUACAAACAUUAGAUGAUGCUAUUAACUGCUAAUGAGUGAGUGGGAAUGGUUUUACCCGCUUGCAAUACCUGGCUAGUGUGAAUCAUACAUAUAUCAUAACCCCGGUCAUAGUCUUUUCUGUUGACGUACUGAGGAUCUUUCUCAGUGUGUGGAUGGCUCCGUACAUGUCCUAUGAUUAACGGGACCUCCGGCAGAGAAGCACAUGUGCUUGAAGACUACUUACCAAAUUCAUCACGAUUCGGGCUAACCGUCUAAUUGACGGUCUUACAAAUGAAAUAUAUAUGUGGACAUAACCCAAUGGAUGUGUAAAGGGAAAGUUUAAUGAUGUAUUUAUA